CACUGCUCGUCUGUCGCACGGCUGAACAGCCUGCCAGACAGAGCAGCGUACUUGACACCUGGCCUCUCGUCAAAACUGCCCCUCUAUCCCACACUCCGUCCCCGCUGAAGCAAGGUCCAGAGUAACAACAUGAACACUUCCGCGUUUGUCGUUGUCUUGUGCGUCCUCGGUCUACACCAAGUUGUCUCAAAUGCCAUCCAUCAGGAAGGCUUUUGCACGUUUUAUGAGGAGUGUGGUCGCAAUCCAUCCAUCAACAUCAGCCUGAUCAAGCCCAUCAUCCCUUGUGUCUAUCGAGGACCAGCAAGGAAGCUGAGCAGUCUGCACUACCAGAGGCUCAAGGAUGUGUGUCCCAUGCUUGACAAUGGGGAGAACAACACCUACGCUUGCUGCUCCAUCAACCAACUCAAGUCUUUGGAGGAAAGCCUCACCCUGUCUAAGUCCCUCCUGGUCCGCUGUCCUUCCUGUGCUGAGAACUUUGCCCAUAUCCAUUGCAUCAACACCUGCAGCCCCAACCAGAGUCUGCACAUCAACAUCACCAGGACUGUCAAUGUCACAAUAAACGCAGAGGAAAAGGAAGCUGUAGUGGAGUACCAGGCAUAUCUGUCCCGAAAGUUUGCAGAUGAUUCUUUCAACUCCUGCAAAAACGUGCGCAUCCCCUCGACCGGGGGCUUUGCCAUUGCCACCAUGUGUGGAAGGUAUGGUGCCACCCGCUGCAACACGCAACGCUGGUUGGACUUCCAGGGAGAUAGCAGCAAUGGUCUGGCCCCCCUGGAUAUUGACUUCCGCCUCAUCCCCGCAGGCACUACUGUUGGUCAAGGGAUCGUGCCCUACAAUGGCAGGGCCCAGCGCUGCAAUGAAUCUACAUCCCUUGGAGGAGAAGCCUGCUCCUGUCAGGACUGCAUCGAGUCCUGUCUCAUUGAUGCCCCUCCGGUGUCCUCGUCAGGGGCCUUCAAAAUUGGACAGUUGGAUGGCGUGCUGGUGCUCUGCCUGGUGGUCUUCAUUGCACUCAGCCUGUCAUUCCUGGGGUUCAUUUUGGUGAGGAACCUCUGCAGGGGAAGAAGCAAAGACAAAGGGAAAGACAAGAACGACAAUGUGGUGAGAAAAGAAGUCCUCCCCUCAGAUGUGAGAUUCAAAGACAGAGCCAGCCUGGCCACUCAGCAUUUCCUGGGGAGUCUUUUCCAAAGUUGGGGCACCCUGAUGGCCUCCCACCCCAUCAAGGUCAUAAUAAUCUCGCUAGUUAUCGUUUCAGCUUUUGCCGCGGGCCUUGUGAAAAUCGAACUGACCACAGAUCCUGUGCAGCUUUGGUCGGCUCCCAACAGCCGGGCCAGAAAGGAGAAGGAUUUCCAUGAUAAACACUUUGACCCUUUCUUCCGCACCAACCAGCUGAUCCUGACUGCCCCCGGCCGCCCAGGCUACACCUACGACUCACUGCUCUUUGGGAAGCAAAAUUUCAGUGGAAUCAUCUCAAAAGAUCUUAUCCUCCAACUCCUAGAACUGCAGACCCGCUUGCAGUCCAUCGAGUUUUGGUCAGAGGACUAUGGCAGAAAUGUCACCCUAAGUGAUAUCUGCUUUGCUCCUCUUAACCCCAGCAACCCAGCCCUCACUGACUGUGCAGUUAACAGCUUGGUACAGUACUUUCAGAAUAGCAAGCAAAAUCUGGAUGCCAAAGUCAACAUGACAGAGGAAGGGAAGACAAUGGAGGUGGAUUGGAGGGACCACUUCAUAUACUGUGUUAACUCUCCACUGUCUUUCCAAGAUGUCACAGACCUCUCACUGAGCUGCAUGGCAGAUUACGGAGCUCCUGUCUUCCCCUUCCUGGCAGUUGGAGGAUAUGAAGGUUCUGACUACACCAAUGCUGAGGCUCUGAUUCUCACGUUUUCCCUGAACAAUUACCCCCGUAAUGACGUCAGGUUCAAGCUGGUCCAGAUCUGGGAACAGAUGUUUCUGGAUAUCGUACAAGAGUACCAGAGGGAUCCUUCUACCAACUUCACCUUUGCGUACAUGGCUGAGAGAUCUUUGGAAGAUGAAAUCAACCGAACAACAAUGGAAGACAUUCCCAUUUUCAUGAUCAGCUACCUUGUGAUCUUCGUGUACAUCGCUGUAGCGCUGGGGGAGUACUCUUCCUGCAGGAGAAUACUGGUUGACUCCAAGUUGCUGCUGGGCCUGGGGGGGAUUCUGGUUGUGGGCUGCUCUGUCCUGGCCUCCAUGGGAUUUUACGCCUGGAUAGGAAUCCCAUCCUCCCUGGUCAUCCUGCAGGUCGUGCCCUUCCUGGUGCUUGCAGUGGGAGCUGACAACAUCUUCAUCUUCGUCCUGGAGUUUCAGAGGGAUGAGCGGAAACCAGAGGAGAAGAGAGAGGCACAGAUUGGUCGAGUACUGGGCAGCGUGGCUCCCAGCAUGCUUCUCUGCAGCCUCUCCGAGUCCGUCUGCUUCUUCUUAGGAGCCCUGAGCAGCAUGCCGGCGGUGAAGUCCUUCGCCCUCUACGCCGCGCUCGCCGUGCUGAUGGACUUCCUCCUGCAGAUGACGGCCUUCGUGGCGCUGCUCUCCCUGGACGCGCGGCGGCAGGACGCCUCCCGCUGCGACGUCCUCUGCUGUGUUACUGUGGGCGGCUCCGAGAAGAAGGGCAAGAGCGAGGGCUUCCUGCUGCCCGCCAUCAGACGCUACUACGCCCCCUUCCUGCUGCACACCGUCACCAGGGUCGCUGUGAUGGUUCUCUUCCUGUUCAUUUUCUGCUCUGGAAUCUUCUUGAUGUUCCAUGUGAAAGUGGGUUUGGAUCAGGAACUGGCUCUGCCCCAGGACUCGUACAUGCUGGAGUAUUUCAAGUACCUGUACAAGUAUUUUGAGGUGGGCGUCCCAACCUAUUUCGUCACCACAGGGGGCUACAACUUCGCCAGUGUCAGUGGGAUGAAUGGAGUGUGCUCAAGUGUUGGAUGUGAUCCUUACUCUCUCACCCAGAAAAUCCAGUAUGCCACUAAUUUCCCCAAAGAAUCAUACCUUGCUAUCCCAGCCUCCUCUUGGGUUGAUGACUUCAUUGACUGGCUCAAUCCAGGCUCCAGAUGCUGCCGGUUAUACACAUCUGGGUCUCACUUUGGACAAUUCUGCCCAGCAAAUGAGACUGGCCUGAAGUGCCUGAAGAGGUGUAUGAAAUCUCCUGAGAGUGGUGUUCUGAGGCCUAACGUGACGGAAUUCCACAAGUACCUUCCCUACUUCCUGAAUGAUCGGCCCAACCUGCAGUGUUCGAAGGGAGGGUUGGGGGCCUAUGACAAAGCAGUGGUGAGGAAUGAGAACGGAGAUGUGAUAGCCUCGCGGUUCAUGGCCUAUCACACCCCUCUGACCAACUCUCAGGAGUUCACUGACGCUCUGCAGAAGGCCCGAAAGCUGGCGGAGAACAUCACCAUGGGCAUGAGGAAGAUCCUGGGCACAGACCCCGACUUUGAGGUUUUCCCUUACACGAUCACUUACGUGUUCUACGAGCAGUACCUCUCCAUUGUGCCAGAGGGCAUCUUCAGCAUCUCAAUGUGUCUCCUGCCUACUUUUGUUGUGUGCUGCAUCCUGCUGGGCAUGGACCUGUUGUCAGGCCUGCUCAACCUUCUCACCAUUGUCAUGAUCACCGUGGAUACCGUUGGGGUCAUGACCCUGUGGGGGAUUGACUACAAUGCUGUCUCACUCAUCAACCUGGUCACGGCUGUCGGUAUCUCAGUGGAGUUCGUUUCCCAUCUCACCCGCACCUUUGCCAUCAGCACCAAGACCACCCGCGUGGAGAGAGCCAAGGAGGCCACAGCCAACAUGGGCAGUGCCGUAUUUGCUGGUGUUGCCAUGACGAAUCUCCCAGGAAUUGUGGUGCUGGCGUUUGCAAAGGCCCAACUUAUCCAGCUCUUCUUCUUCCGCCUCAACCUGGUCAUCACCCUGCUGGGCAUGGCUCAUGGCCUGGUCUUCCUGCCCGUGCUACUCAGCUACUUUGGGCCUGAUGUCAACCGCGCUGUGCUGCUGGAACUCCAGGAGAAAAAAGAGCAGAAGGAUUCUGAACGGGUCAAUCACGUCUACUUAAACGCAGGAUUUAAAGACACUGAAAAAAACCUUCAUUGUGACACAAGUGCAAUGAACAAUGGACAACCACACACCUGUCCCUCCAAUACUGUAGAGGGGGAACCUGUCCAGGCAACCUCAAAAUUGUGAAAACCACUGGAAAAAAAAACUGUUUCUCAAAACUCUCUUAACUGCACAUACCUCAUUUUUCUCUGAGAACAUGGGAUCUUGAAAAUACCCAUACGACCACCCCAGGAUACAAGCAUGUGGAAACAGGAAACAAACUGUACACUCCUGGAAAACGCCACACAAGAAGAUCCAAAUGGGAAUGCUGAAGAGACCUUCAUACACUGUGGUAAAAGUGUUCUCAAAUAGUUUAUGUUCUGCUGCAUUGUUAAGUAGAAAUUUGAUACUUCUAAAAAUUCACAUCAUACAUAUAUAAAAGACACCACGAAUGCAAUGAAAAAUGUUACUAAUUGUAUAUAGUAGUGGAAACUGUGCAAUUAAGUCAGACUAUUUAUUUUAUACCUAAACAGUGGUGUUGCUAUUACAACAGGGACUGUAAUAUUUCUCGAAAAAAUUAUUGACACAUGAAUUAGUCAUGCACAGAUAUUUGCACUCCUCUCUACAUAUACAAUGUAAAACACUUUAAUCCACUCUUUCAUUAUUACCACUAUGUACAUAUAUACUGUACGUAACAGUAGAGUAGUAACUUCGGUCAACAACUACACAUUAAUCUGAUAUGUGUGAGUCCACAAAGCUCCAACUGAAUUUGUAAUGCAUUGUGUUACAUUUGCACCACUCUGUGGAUUUCAAACACUAAAAAAAAAACAGUUCAUAUAUUUAUACAGGAUUUAUUUCAAUAUACGAAAUUUUAGAGAAAAGGUUGAACAGAAAAAUGUUUACAGUAUUCAUUGAAGCAUGUUUAAAAAUAGAGCCCAUUUUGGGUAAAGUUCGGUGACUGCCAUCAGUGAUGAGUUUGACUCAUUUUCCUUAACUUUAACUCUUUAAAUUCAUGACACUCUGGUCCCUAUACCCAUGAGCAAGCACAAAACAUAGGCAUCGGUACUAUCUCACUGUAGGAACUAGUAAGCCUGUCACUUCAGCAUAGCUGUUGUACAUUUUGCCAGUAUACUUGAAAAAUAUAAGCUGUUGUACCACAAAUGAAUGUAAUUAAAGAAAUGUAAAAUCACACUAAGAAAAAAUAAAAGAAGUAUGACCAUGUUGAAAUCAAAGUUCAAUCAAGAAUAUAAGGAUGACUUAUGCAAUAAAUAGGAAAGUUGUUAGUGGGUUUGUUCACCAAAAAUAAAAUGGGGGGUAUACUUA